UUCGUAUACUAACUAACUAGAAUAAUAACAUGAUGAUAUACAGAUUAGUAUAUUAUACAGUAGUGUGUGUGUAUAUUUUUCUUUAAAAAGGAUAAUUAUUAUUGUACCUGAACGAAAGAAGUGAAUAUCCUAAAAUUAUUUUUUUUAUAUAAAAUAAUUUAUAGAAAAUAGAAUUAUUUGUUACUUCAAUUUAAUAUAAAAAUAUUUAAUUUCUAGCUAUCUAUCGCACAAAUAUUUCCAAUUAUAUAAAUAAAUACAUUUAAAAGAAUAUAUUUUACUGUGAAAAAUUAAAAAAAAAAAAAAAGAAAAGUAUAAGUAAUAAAAAUACAUACAAUAUAUAAAUACAUAUGUAUAUCUAUAGUUUUGACUAAUCGAUUCAGUAAAAAUAAAAAAAAUUUGAAAAACCUAUUUUAAUUUUUAAAUUUCGGAAAUUCCAAUGAAUCCUUUUAAUAAAUUUAAUUACUGUAGUAACCCUAAAAUAAAUUAACUUGUAACGAAGAUAAUGAUAGUAAUAUCAAAUGUGGAUAAUUAUUUUAAUGGUAAUGUCGAAACAACCACAGUUAUUGGAGUUCUUUUGGCAUCAGUUGCAUUAAUUUUAGUAUUUCUUUUAUAUGUUAAUCGUAAAUGGUGUUUUAAUGCAACCAAGGGAUUUACUUGCUGCAAUGAAAGCUCUACAAGAUACGUCCACAAAAUAACGCGUAGAAGAACAUUAGAAAACACAAGCUCAGAUUCUGAGGAAGAAAUUUUAAGAAGAUUACGUGCACAUAAUUCAUAUAAAGCAAAGUUUGGUUCAAAUUUAAGUGGCUUCAACAAUAAUAAUAAUAAUAAUAAUAAUAACAAUAAUAUUAGUAAUGGUUCAUUUAACACAUUUAAUUAUGAUGGAUUACAUCACGUUACCAUUGCGCCAAGAGAAUCAACGUAUGAUCCUUUAGGAAUAGCUGAAAAAGGUAAAGUAGGUAUUCCAUCGUCACAUAGUGAAUGUAGUUCCAAUGAUUCUGCUGAGGCUUCGAUAGAUAGUAAUUCAGGAAUUUUAACGGGACAAAAGAAAGAUCGGAAAGCGAUUACUGGUUUAUACCAACAAAACUCAGAUAGUAGUCAUUCAAUUAAGGAAACACGAAUAGAAAAUGAAAUCGAACGAAAAAAAUCAACAAAAUACCAAAAAGUUUCUUCUACUAUAGAAAUAGAGGACAAAGUAGAUAAUAUUUCGGAAUGCAAUGGAAAUAACGGAAAAGAUCAAUGCAUCGUCAAUUUAAUAAACGAUUCUAAUUUUGAUACAAGUGAUUUAAAAUCGCUAAAAUCAGAGAAUGGAGAUUCACAGAGUGCAUCUGAUAAAGUUGGUAUCAUUGAAAUUUCAUUAUUGUAUGAUGCACCAAUGAGAAAAAUGACGGUCCAUGUCUUACAAGCCAAAAAUAUUCCAUGUAAGGAUAAUGGCCAACAAACCCAUUCACAAGUUCGCCUUUUAAUGUUACCUAGUAAAAAACAAAAACAUAAAACCAAAAUACGGUCUGGAGAAAAUCCACAAUUUAUGGAAUCAUUUUUACUACAUCGAGUUAAUCCAGAAGAAGUUAAUUCAAUGGGUUUGAGAAUUAGACUGUAUGGUUGCGAGCGUAUGCGAAAAGAAAGGCUUAUCGGGGAAGCAAUUGUUAGUUUUGCGACAAUUGAUUUAGAAUUGGAAACCAAUUUAACAUUGCCUUUGGAGCCAAGAAUGAAAUCAGCGGCCACUGGGUCAACAAGUGAUGUUUUAAGUUUGGCUAGAUCAGAUAGUACUGGAUCAACAAUAUCUAUGCAACAGCAUGGUGGCGUUCCAGAAUUAUUGCUAGGAUUAUCAUAUAAUGGUAUAACUGGUAGACUUACGGUUGAAGUUGUGAAAGGGAGUCAUUUUAGGAGUUUGGCUUUAAAUAAAGCACCAGACACAUAUGUCAAACUUUGUUUGGUUAGUAGUAUUGGUCAAGAAAUGGCGAGAGCGAAAACCUCUACAAGAAGAGGUCAGCCAAAUCCAUUAUUCAAAGAAACUUUUGUUUUUCAAGUUGCCCUUUUUCAAUUAAAUGAUGUAACAUUAAUGGUAUCCGUUUAUGCCAAACGUAAUAUGAAACGAAAUGAAAUGGUUGGCUGGUUUAGUUUAGGCUUAAACUCUUCUGGACCAGAGGAAAUAGCACAUUGGGUAGAUAUGCGUGAAACAGCUAAAGGUGAAAUUUUAGCACGAUGGCAUAUAUUGGUGGAUUCCUGAUUUGAAUAGCUUGGACUAUCACAGCGACGUGGUAGCAACUUGAGUAACUUUUUAGAAUUUUCGAAAGAAAAGAAAAAAUCAAAAGAAUCAUCAAGUACAGCUGUUAAUGAUUCUUCAAUUGCUGUAGAAAUACAUGAACCUGAAUUGGAAUUAAAUUUUGUGUAACUUGUGCACAAAAUAAAAAAAAAAACAAUAUAAGUAAACAAAAAAAAAAAACAUCAUAAAUUUAAAAAGUUCAACUUUUGCAAUUAUAAUCGGUCGGCUAAAUUACCGAAAGUUAUUAUGCAAGAGUGGAAAAUGGGUAAUUUUUUAGAAUAAUUAUGUGUAUUUUCUACAUAUCAUUUGGAAUAAUUGCAAAAAUUUAAUAAGUAAAUUUAAAUAUUUUGUACAUUCCUUUCUUAAAUCCGCAAUGCAUUUUAGAAAGGAUAAAAAUUUUUUGAGCACUGCAAACUUCUCUUUCUUUUAUAAGUUAACAUUGUGAUAGAAGCAUAAAAAGAAUUUGAUAACCAAAAAAAAAAAAAAGAAGAAGAAAAAAAUAAAACAAAAAAAAAUUUAAAAAAAUUUUUGGAAUAGACUAAUAAAUGAUUGAAAGAUAUUAUAAACUUUAUAAAAUAUUAUAUUGCGAAUACAAGCGCUUUAAAAUUAUUAAUUUGCUUUCA